AUGAAGAUGAGGACUCCUGCUAUCGCCUUUGCUGCUCUUCUGAUGCUGCUGCUUCUGGCUACAAGAGCACAUGGAAUCAGGCUGGACAGGCAGUUGCAUGAAGCAAUCAACAGCAAGAAGAUGGCCGACCCCAAGACCGGCGAUGCCGAAGCAUCCAUUGCUGGCGACCCGGUGAAGAAGCACUGCACUCCCGAUGGGCGUUGCUCAGGAAAGGUAAAAAAGGCAGUGGCGCACGCUGAAGCAGCAGCGGAAGAGAAGCAGCAGAGCAAUUCGACGGGAAAUGAUCACCACACGGCGGUGGACAUCAAGGCCGCCACGCAGCAAGGGCGCCGUCACGAAGCGGCGGAGGCGACGUCGUCCGCGGCUUCUUCUUCCCCGGCCCCGCCGGGGCCGGGCGUGGCGGCGCGGCAGACGUACCCGGACAUCAUGGACAUCUCCGGCAUGGACUACUCGCCCUCCACGCGAAAGCCUCCCAUCCACAACUGA